AUGGACCCUUGUCGACGAUCCCUUCGAGAAGACCAUUGGUCAGCGAGGGGCCAGGCAUCUGGGUACCUUAAUUGGCUCUAUAGCAUGUGGAACAUUCAACCUGGAUUCAGAGGCAUUCAGCGAACGGAACAGCCCGAUAGCAGCACCGCGGGAAGUCAAAGAGAGGCCGGUGCCGGUAUCGAUACCGUCGAGUGUCGAGAUUAUUACCAGGAACCCAGAACGCGUGCCCGCAUGACAACAGUGGUACCAUGCAUGGCUAAUCAGCUGGGAAAGUCCAUUAUUUCAGUGGCUAAGUUGCGAGGAGUUCACGAAUGCAAGGGCUUGCUGCAGCCCGUUGACCACUUGAGAUCCCUACAUCAAUUAAGCAAGGAUGGUGACGCUUGCCACAGCGUCGGGCACGAGUCGGAAAUCCAGAUUAGACACUCGAUAUCGCCGAAGAAGGGAGAUGCGGACCUUCAGCGGCAAAACCACACUCAGAUCCGGAAAGUGUAA